AUGGGGAAGAAUGCUACCAAUGAUAUCGGUGUUGUGACGAACGAAGAAAGUAAAAGACGAGAGAAGAUUCGUCAAGGUGCAGGCAAGGGACAAGGUAAGUCUAAGGACAUGUGGAGAUCCUUAGAUAAGAGACUUUUUGAAUUAGAGAUUUCCUUAGAGAUGUUGCGCGAUCAGGUUGAAGAUGCACACCAACAAAUGGGCGUGAUGACAUUAAAUAAUGAAGAGAUGCAAAACAAUGUGAAAGGAGCGAUCAACAAACUUGGUAGGGACUUACGCACGGAGAUGUGUGGCUUACAAGAGAUGCUCCUUGGCGAGGUGACUAAGUUAGUGAAUAAGUGCAAGGUGAGCUCUCUAUCCCGACUCAACAUGUAG